AUGGGAAAACGUCCACAAUCACCAAGCACCGGAAAGUUCAUCGUAUGUUUUGAGCAACAACCAAGUGCAACAAUCAACCAAGUGCAACAAUCAACCAAGAGCAACAAUCAACCAAGAGCAACAAUCAACCAAGAGCAACAACCAAGUGCAAUAAUCAACCAAGAGCAACAAUCAACCAAGAGCAACAAUCAACCAAGAGCAACAAUCAACAAAGAGCAACAAUCAACCAAGAGCAACAGCCAAGUGCAACAAUCAACCAAGAGCAACAACCAAGUGCAACAACCAACAAUCAACCAAGUGCAACAACCAAUUAUCAACCAAGAGCAACAACCAAGUGCAACAAUCAACCAAGAGCAACAACCAAGUGCAACAACCAACCAGAUGCAACAACCAACCAAGUGCAACAACCAAUUGAAACAACCAAAGGCAUCAACCAUGUCAAGCACCUACUUGCAACAACCAACCAAGUGCAACAGCCAACAACCAAGUGAAAGAACCAAUUGCAACAACCAAGUACAGCAACCAAAUGCAACAACCAAACAAGUGCAACAGCCAACAACCAAGGGCAUUAAUCAAGUGAAACAACCAUCCAAGUCCAACAGCCAACAACCAAUUGCAACAACCACAGGCAUCAACCAAGUACAACAACUAACCAAGUGCAACAGCCAACGACAACCAACAUUUUGCAACAACCAAGGGCAUCAACCAAGUGCAGCAACCAAGUACAACAACAAAGUACAACAACCAACAACAACCAAGUACAACAACCAAAAACAACAACCAACCAAGUGCAACAACCAACAACAACAACCAAGUACAACAGCGGACAAAAAACCAAGUGCAACAACCAACCAAGUGCAACAACCAAGUGCAGCAACCAGGUACAAUAACCAAAACAAUAACCAACCAAGUGCAACAGCCGACAAAAACAAUGUGCAACAACUAACAGCAACCAAGUGCAACAGCUGA